AUGUUCGAUCUUCCAGAGUCCACCAAUUUGCUAUCAGCCGGAUUUAAUCGUUACUUCAUCGCAUACGAUGACAAGCCUCACAACUGUCUAUUUGCCACUCAGGUUUUUGGGUCUCCGCUCAAGGAAGGCGAUGCGUUGGAUGUCGGGUAUCGCCCACGCUCAGGCACUGUAUUCUAUGGAACAGACGGAAAAUGA